AUGGUCGACAAUCAGGGAAACACCUUCGGAGCCGCGCCAGAUAAAGGCGUACUCAAUGGACCUGUCACUUCAAUCUUUAACGACCUGAACAGAACAAUCAGCAAUGUCACGGAUGCCGCGGGCAAAACUCUGGAUCAUACUCUGAACAGUGUUCUCAAUCGUCGAGCUUCAGGUUACUGGUUGGCAGAAAUGGGUGACCAAGGACAGAUGCCUUACGCACCUUCGGGCUACAAAUUCUUUCGCGACGUCACCGAGUAUGGAGCCGUGGGCGACGGUAUCACUGAUGACACUGCUGCGAUCAACAGAGCUGUUAGCGACGGAGACCGAUGUGGUGAGGGAUGCGGCUCUACAAGCGUUCUAGGUGCCUUGGUUUACUUCCCACCUGGUACAUAUCUGGUCACCACUCCUAUCAUCCAAUACUAUUAUACUCAAUUUGUUGGCAAUCCUCAAGACCCUCCUACAAUCAAAGGCUCCACGAACUUCUCUGGCAUAGCUCUGAUCGAUACAGACGUAUACAUCCCGAAAGCAAACGGAGAUGAAUGGUAUAUCAACCAGAAUCAAUUCUACCGCCAGAUUCGCAAUUUCAUCAUCGACUUGACACAAAUGCCAAAUGACAUCGUCCAAGGAGAUCAGACAUAUGUCCCUUGCGGCAUUCAUUGGCAAGUAGCGCAAGCAACUUCUCUGCAAAACAUUGUGUUCAACAUGCCAGUCUCUGGUCAAGUAGUCAACUCUGGAAGUAACAGUACCAAGGCUGUUGGCAUCUUCCAAGAAAACGGAUCCGGUGGCUUCGUGAGCGAUCUCACGUUCAACUAUGGAAACAUUGGUUAUCGUGCCGGCUCUCAGCAGAUGACAGCACGGAAUCUCGUCUUCAACAGUUGCUUGACAGCAGUCAGCUCAAUUUGGAAUUGGGGCUGGGUGUGGCAAAGCAUCACGGUCAACAACUGCUAUCAAGCUUUCGAUUGCUCGAACUUUGGAGGCAUCGACGGCCAAGGAACAGGCUCAAUGUCCAUUAUCGAUUCGCAUUUCAACAGUGUUCCAUACGCUAUUGGGUUGACUGCUGGCGGGCCAUACCCUGCACUGUAUCUCGACAAUUUGCUCGUGGAUGGACCAAACUCGCAUCAGAUCGUUUUCUAUUCUGGAAAUGCAGAUUCCCUUCUGGAAGUCACCCAAGGUGAUUCGCUGACUGUGAACGGUUGGGCCAUGGGCCAUCGCUUCCAAGAUAUCAACGAUGAGGGGAACAACACUCAUGGCUACAUCAGUCCCAACCCGAAGCGAUCAUCGUCCUUGAACUCCAACAACAACCUGUUCGCUGUAUCUCGACCUCAGUAUGCAUCUCUGGGAUCUGGUGAUGUUGUCAAUGUGCUGAGCAAAGGAGUCAAGAAUGAUGGCACUGGAGAUCAGACUUCUUUGAUCAAUUCCAUCCUCUCAAGCUCGGUCGGCUCUCUUGUUUUCUUUCCCGCUGGCGUUUAUAUCGUCAAGGGUACUGUUGAGGUUCCUGUCGGCUCAAAAAUCGUUGGUUCUGCUUGGUCACAGAUUAUGGCUUCAGGAUCUUACUUUGAGGACGAGACUGACCCUAAAGUCAUGUUUCGUGUGGGCAAGCCCGGCGAUUCCGGCACGGUUGAACUCUCUGAUCUGAUGUUCACGGUUCAGGGCGCCACUGCGGGUGCGAUCUUGGUGGAGUGGAAUGUUAAGGCAACGUCUCAGGGAUCUGCUGGAAUGUGGGAUUGUCACUUCCGCGUCGGUGGAGCUGCUAAAUCACGCCUUCAGUUCAAAGACUGCCCUAAAGGUGCUUCAGAUGUCGACCCGAAAUGCAUUGCCGCUUCUUUGUUGAUGCACGUUACCAAGCAGUCAUCUGGUUACUUUGAGAACAUUUGGGGUUGGACUGCAGAUCACGACCUCGAUCUUCCUGUGGAAGGUAACACGACCACAUCUACCCAGCUCAACGUGUAUGCCGGCCGUGGCUUCCUGAUUGAGUCGCAAGGACCAAGUUGGUUCUACGGCUCAUCUGUGGAGCACAACGUGCUUUAUCAAUACCAACUCGUUGGAGCCAAGGAUAUCUAUCUUGGAUGCAUGCAAACAGAGACACCAUAUUUCCAGCCGAACCCACCGGCUACCAAGCCAUUCACCAUCGGAAAAUUCACAGAAGAUCCCACUUAUCCGAUGUGUGAUAGCUCUCAGGACAACUGUGAAGAAGCUUAUGCUUUGAGAAUCCUGAACUCCACAGAUAUCUUCGUCUAUGGCGCCGGUCUAUACAGUUUCUUCUUCGAUUUCACACAGGGCUGUUUGACGACGGAAUCUUGUCAACAGCGUCUUGUUGAGACGAGUUACUCACAGGGAGUAUGGGUUCUAAACCUGUUCACGAAAGGAGCUAUUGAGGUCGCCAGCCCUUUGGGUGGUAUUCUGCCUGUUUACUCGAAUGACACCCAGGAACAGUACACCACUGAAGUUUCAGUAUGGACUCCUCUUGGUGAUACAGGUGCAGAUAUCGGCGGAUAUGUCCCGGGAAACAGUUCUGAUGGCGUUACAACCGAUGGUAAUAAUACCUACGUCUUCAUUGAUCCCAGUGUCUGGACCGAGGAAGACCCUACCAUCCAGUGUCAACCACCGUGUACUUUCAUCCUUCCGCCUUUUCAGCUUUCUACCACUACAACCAUCACAUUCCCGCUUUACACCACUUCUCUGAAUGUAGCUUGGACGACCACAGUUACCUAUACCGACACAAGUGGCCGAAAAACCUCUUCCAAGACUGUCACGCGUACCGUCCAAACCACCACUCUCACAAUUCCUGCUGUUACUACCACGGCCAUUCCAUACUGGGAAGUACCUUUUCCCAAUCCGACUGCCAAGGAUCCCAACAACACUGUGAUAUAUGUGACAGAAAGUAUACAGCCUUCGCCAUUUGUGAUCACCGAUGAUCCGAACCCUGAGAGAAAGAGCGGCGUAACCCAUCCUCUCAACACCCAGACCAUCACUCCCCCGCCUUACCCUUACUCUUUCACCACUCCCAAUCAAGAGCCUACGCCAACCAAUCGACCCUCUUCAACGACAACCUCGUCCUCCAGCGGAGGCGCAGUCGUGACACACCGCACAUCGUCUCACACACCAACGCUUGUCACCAUCCAUACAGGCCGACCUUCCCCGACCUGCAGAAGUCUGUUCGGUUGUGGCACCCGCUGCAAGCUUUUCUGUCAUGGGCCUUGUCUUCUGAAUUGCACCCCUCACAAUACCGAUUGGCCUGACAGCAAC